AUGGAAAAAUAUUUCUAUUUGUUUCAGACGCCUUGCUGUAAUAAAUUUUACACAUGUAGAUUUUGUCACGAUGAAAAUGAAGAUCACUCCCUCAACCGAAAAGAGGUGACUGAAUUGGUGUGUAUUGGAUGCUCAACAAGGCAGAAAGUCCAACCAAAGUGUGAGAACUGCUCAACAUCAUUUGGAAGGUACGUUUGCUUGACAUGUAAACUUUUUGACGAUGAAGACAAGCAGCAGUGGCACUGCGAAGGCUGUGGCAUAUGCAGAAUUGGCGGUAAAGAAAAGUACUUCCACUGUCUGAAGUGCAACAUGUGCCUCCCUAUAACAUUACAGAACAAUCACAAAUGUGUGGAGAAUGUGUCUCGAAGUCCAUGUCCCAUAUGCUUGGAGGACAUUCACACGUCGCGCAUUUCGAGUCACAUCCCAGAGUGCGGCCAUCUGAUGCACAGAACCUGUUACCGAGAACUCGUGCAAUCCGGGCAUUAUGCUUGCCCCAUCUGUCAAAAGUCCCUGUUGGAUAUGUCGGGGUUAUGGGAACAUUUGGACGAAGAAGUAGCCGCUACACUUAUGCCUGACGAAUAUAGUAAUUAUUUUGUCGAUAUUCUGUGCAAAGAUUGUCAUGAGGAAACAAAUAUCAAAUUUCAUGUUGUGGGAUUGAAGUGCUCCAAAUGUGGAUCCUACAACACCUGUUUGACAAAGAGUCCACCAAAUCGAGAUAAUUCGCAAACAAAUGACGAGGAAUCUAGCAGCACCGAUGCCAGCAGUACAGAUGCUAACAGUACUGAUGCAAACAGUACUGAUACUGAAGGCAACGUGCAAUAGUGAAGUGGAUUGACGACACGUCAAGCUAUGAAACCUAUUGGUGCCAAUUCCACUUGCACAAGUGACAAAAAUCUAUCAUUACAUUUGUUGAAAAUCUAGCGAGUAUCUACGUAGGGCUUAGAUAGUCUAAUAAUGCAUUACAGCAAGAAUAGGACAUUUUUCAUUGUGGAUAAUUAUUAUCGGUACUUGAUAUUAAUAAAUUUUAUUUAUACAACAAUAUCAAUAUAUCAUGAAACAAUAUUGAUUAUUUUUGUUAUUCAUUGUUUCCAUGAGAGAAAAUUUUUUAGCUAAAUUUUUGUAUAUAGUUUCAAAUUAUUCGGCUCUAAAUGUGAUUGUUUUUUAUUUAUUUUAUUAUUGCAGUAUACAUUGCAAAUAUGUUUUAUUUGGGAAAUGGCAUGUAUCUGAUUUUGAACUUUUUACUUUUAUUCAAGACGAUUUCAACUUUAUAUUUUUAUUGUUUUCUGGAUUUUUUUAUUGCCAUGAAUAACAUUUUAUUUUGAAUUGUAAGGAAGUGAUAGAAGGUAGAGUAGGCCAAUAUUACACUCACACUUGACUAUAUCUGCUAAGAGAAGAAUAUUUCUCACAUCAAGCAUAGAUUUUGAAAUCUAAUUUUAAUAAAUGUUUAUGACUCAGCCAUGCUAGGAAAAUACUAGUUCCUAACUUCACUUUUGUAAGCUUGAACAAUCUAUCAUUAUACUAUUUAAAUUCAAAUCAAUCAAUCUUCAAUGGGUGAGAAAAUGUCUGUUAUCAAUUUAGACGUACUAAUACAUUUAUACAAUAUAAUGUUCAUUCAAAAUAUCAAAUAUAACUUAUCACUUCGGACAAUAUUGGAUGAGAUACUCAUAUUAGUUCUCUCCGAACACAUUAGUAUAUUAUUAUGUAAUAGUGUGACAAAUAUUAUUGUCAGUUUAUAAGAGGCCAAUCAAAUGAUAUUAUUGAUUGAUAUUAGAAUCAAAUUAAUAAGAGGCCAAUCUAUUAUAUAUCCAAAUAUUAAAGCUUGCAGCGACACUAUUUGCUAUUAAAAUGUGUACAUUAAAUAAAUCAAAUAAUAGAAAAACUGUUAUAUUUAUUUUUCUUACCGAAAUUACUUCAUAGAAUAACAAAUAAUGUAACAUAUAUUUUAUUGUAAAAUGAUUGAUGUAUAGGUAUUUAUCUGCGUAGUCAACUAUACUCCAUUCUUAAGAACACUGUCUGUGAAUUCUGGUUCAUAUUUGUUCAAAUUAGGCAAUUCUUUCCAUUUACAAUUUUCUGACUAAAGUAUUCUGUAACGUGUAGCGUAGUAAUCAUCCUGAAUUAUCAAAAUUUGAUGUGAAUAAGUUUUAAAUUGUAUAUAAUUUCUUUCAAUAAAUUAAACACUAGAAAAUACAGCA